CGCCUUCAGCCGUGCAGCUGUUCUAUUUUUUACAGGCGCAACACGUAUAUUUUGGCCAUAAUAAAAAGUUCUAAAUUAACAUAGAACAUCCAGAAAAAUUAGUUAAGCUGGAUACAAAUUACCUAAAUUAAGCUGGUAAAUUUGUGUGACAGAUUUUUGACCGGAACAACCACGUAUAACCAAAAACGGCAGAAAACAACGCAGUUCUCAACUGGCUUACUUUGAACCCUCGAACCAAGUCCAGCAAUGGCUACAAAAAGGCGACCCCUGCGGCCCAAUUUAGGCGGUACUCCAGGAAGCUCCUCCUCCGGCUCCAAUAUGAACUUCAGACCUGGAGGACCUGAUAUCACCCGUGCGGAGGCCCGAGGAACGAGACCCACGGCGGCACCAACUAGUAUCCGCGAGAUCCUGGUCAUGGGAGUGAUCCACCUGUGCAAGAAGACCAUAUUCUUUAACACGGACCUCAAGGUGGCUUUGUAUUUGGGCAGUCUUUUUGUGCUCUCCGUGAUUGGGGACUUUGUGCCCUUCCCAAAGACCUACUUUGCAAGAUCGGACAACUUGUUCAACCAGUACUUCGUAAAAGUGGGUUGGGGUUGGACCUUACUUUUUGUAGUUCCAUUCUUGGUUCUCUCUGCCUAUACGAUCACUUGUGGAGACCACAAACGAAUGCUGCGACACCAUUUCCCCCGCAUAGUCAUAGCCACCUUCUUUUGGUUUUUCUGGACGAAGCUAUUUAACGUAGUUGAAAGCUCUUAUGGUCGCUGCACAACAAAAGGUUUUGUGAGCAAAUCAAGCUGUCUGAAAGCGGGACACUUGUGGAAGGGCUUCGACAUAUCCGGACAUGCGUUUAUACUGAUUCACUCCAGCCUGGUGCUGAUUGAGGAGGCGCGUCCCAUCAUCCGUUGGGAGACCAUCAAGGAGCACAUUCGCAACGAGCGUCAUAAUCGCAGUGCGUCCGAAAACUCGGGCACGAAUCCCUUGAGGACCUUGAAUGAGGAGCAGAUGCGCAGUCUGCAAUUUUUGUACAAGCGCCUGACGCCCAUCAUCCGCACCUUGUUCAUCGGCAUGGCGGCCCUGCAACUGCUGUGGGACAUAAUGCUGGUGGGCACUAUGCUGUACUACCACCGUAUGAUCGAGAAGGUGAUCAGUGGCAUUAUUGCCAUACUCACCUGGUACUUUACCUACCGAUUCUGGUAUCCCACGCCGGGUUUGCUCCCAGAGGCGCCAGGAAGUGGAAGCUUCAGUUACCAACGCGAAAUUCCUACCUUCCCGUUCAAGCGUCCCUCGCAUUUAGCAACGGGUGCCGCCACAAGCUCGGGAUCUAGUAGCUCGCGGACAAACCUUAAUGGCAAGACAGGAACUACGGGCGUUCGGCCGGAUCAACAGAUGCCUACUUUCAUGGGAAUGCCGCUGUUCACCACCCCGAAGGCGGCCAGUGCCGCCGCUAGUUUCCUACAGGCCGAGCAGCAAAAGCGGGACAGGGAACGCGAGCAACAGACGCUGGAGAGCUGAGCCCUGCGAAGAUUUGCUUGGCAGAGCCAUUAUGCAUAGCAGGAAUUGAUAAUUAGGUGACGGAUUGGAAUUUAUACCAAAUUUUUUGUAUAUUCAACGACGAUGAAAUGAUGAACCAAUGACAUUUUCAAGCAGCCGAGGCUGGCACUGGAUCGCGUUCUGCUCCUCAUCCUCCUCCUUUUUCGCUUCUUACCAUGACCACCCGCAUCCUUCAUCAGCAGUGCGUAGCUUUAAGCGUUCUUAUGUUCGUGUUUAUAUGUGCCCAACUUUAACAGUAAAAGGAUUUGUUAACAAA